CAUACACAAUUAUUGUCCUUAGAGGAGAAGCACCCUCAUUGUUUGGGAGCUUACAAUCUAUACUCCCUGUGGCAUGAGCACACGUAUACACUGGGAGUAAUGUUUAUUCACAUGCCAGUUUACUAACUAGUAUGUUUUUGGAGUGUUGGAGGAUACCAGAGCACCUGGAGGGAACACACACACAAACACAGGAAGAACAUACAAACUCCACACAUACACAUAGUUAAUUUGUCAGGAAUUGGAACUCGCAACCUCAGGGCUGUGAGGCAGAACUGGUAACCACUAGGUCAGUGGUGCUGCCGAUGCGGAUUAACAGCGCUAAGCAGGGAACGCUAUCCUAGUGCCGCCCCGCUCAGCAAAGACCUGGAAGCAAAUGAUGAACAAAGUCAACAGUUAUUCAUAUUCCUGCCUGGAGGAUGGGAACAAAGAGCUGUGGUCUUCUGGGCAUCACCUGAAAUCCUGCCGAGAUGCAGCUUUUACCAGUGAUGGACAACAACUUUUCACCGUUUCUAAAGACAAGUCCAUUCACAUUCUCAACGUGGAGCAGGGAAAGCUUGUGAAGCGCAUUACCAAAGCCCAUGAGUAUGCUAAUCCAGGUAUAUCAUGGGUCAAAAGUCUACAACAGGCCUCUGCGCUGAACAGCCUGCUGCUGAUAGAUGAGAACCUCUUUGCCACCGGUGAUGAGAGCGGGAUGCUGAAAAUCUGGGACCUCCGCAGAGGUACGGCUUUUAUGGAGAUGAAGAACCACGAAGAAUACAUCAGUGACAUGGUCAUUGACCAAAACAAAAAGCUGCUUCUCACUGCCAGCGGGGAUGGAACAAUGGGAGUAUUCAACAUAAAGAGACGGCGGUUUGAGUUACUCUCCGAAUACCAGAACGGAGAUCUGACAUCUGUUGCUAUAAUGAAGAGGGGAAAAAAAGUGGCCUGUGGUUCCAGCGAGGGGACCAUCUACCUGUUUAACUGGAAUGGGUUUGGGGCAACAAGUGACCGUUUUGCAGUGAAGGCGGAGUCUAUAGACUGCAUGAUCCCCAUCAGCGAUAACGUCGUGUGCACAGGGUCCACGGAUGGCAUUAUUAGGGCCAUUAACAUUUUGCCCAACCGAGUUAUCGGUACGGUGGGUCAGCAUCCAGGAGAACCAAUAGAACAGCUGUCUAAAUCCCGGGAUGGAAAACUCUUGGCCAGCUGCGCCCAUGACCAGAAAGUGAAGUUCUGGGACGUUUCGUCACUCGGCUCCGUCAUAGUGGACGUUUACAGGAAGCGGAAGAAGAACCGGCAGCUACCGGCGCUCAGCAAGAAGGCAUUUGGCGGAGCCGACGACUUUUUCGCUGACUUGAGGGAAGAGACGACCGAAAACAAAGAAAAGGAAAACGAUGAUGAAGAAAGUGACAGCGAUGACACAGAUAGCGACUGAAAUAUUCCAUACGGACAGAACUCAUUUGAAGUUCACUUUAAAGUGCGCUGAUAGCUUACAAGGACCGCAGUUAGGCUGCAUACUCCCAAAUAUCAGUCCAGUGACUUUUUUUUCUGUCAGUACCAUGUGGUCAAACCAGAAACUCUUCAAACCAGUGGUCAGACUGUUGGCAGUGCCACCAAAAGUUGUGAGAUAUUUCCCAAAAGGCCUAGAAGUUCCAUCCCAUAUUGAUAUAAUUUCUUCACUACUGUUAUUUCACAUGGCAGAUGAUGGUAUAUCUUGUCAGGCUGCAAUUUGGGCCUGAUUCAUGUUUGUAAGUAAAGCAAAAAAGCAAGCAACUGGGCAAAACCAUGUUGCACUGCAGGUGGGGCAGAUGUAACAUGUGCAGAGAGAGUUAGAUUUGGGUGGGGUGUGUUCAAACUGAAAUCUAAAUUGCAGUGUAAAAAUAAAGCUGCCUAACAUUUGUGGGCUACAUGCAAAAGCAGCCAGUGUUUACCCUGCACAGAAUUUUUUUUAAUGUAUUUGCUUCCCUUGCAUGGCAACACGGUUUGUACCGGACACAAAGUUACUUUCUUUUUUUGCUUUACUUACAAACCUGAAUCAGUCCCUUUGUUACAUAAUGGAAUGCUAAAUAUUUAAACAUGUUGUCUUUUCUACCAAAUAAUGGUGAACAUA